AUGACGAUGACGAAACAGGGACGCGGGCGGCCGAAAUCCACGGUUCCACCAUCACCGGAGACUCUUACCAACUCUAAUACACCAAAGGCUGUUUCAGGAGUCACCACUACGAUGAGCGAAGCUGGGAAAAGUACUGAGAAGAUAAACGAGAAAGUGCCCACUGAAACCCUAAUAGAACAGACACAGGUGAAGCCGGAAGAACGGAAACUCUGGGUUGACGUUAUUAGUGAUAAUCGGGACCCUACUAAGGGAUUGUCUAUGGAAUACGUUGCACCAAAGGUAAUUAAUGGAGUGAUUGAAAUUGAUAUUGAACAGGAAGACAUUGAAACAGAAUUACGAUUCUGGGAUAAUGCUCUCAUACUGUAUGUUGUGGGAGAUGAUUUGAGCCUGAACACGGUGAAGAAUUUUAUGCAAAGACUGUGGAAUUUCAUCAAGAUGCCGGAUCUUUGCUACCACGAUGACGGGUAUUUUUUGCUCAGAUUUAACUCGCACGAAGACAAGGAAGCUGUCAUGAUGAAAUGCCCCUACACAAUUAGAAAUAUGCCCAUGAUACUGAAAGAAUGGCAAUCUGGUUUCAACUUAAAGCAGAACCUACUCAUAACACUACCAAUAUGGAUCAAACUGCCUCAACUCCCCUUGCAUCUUUGGGGAGCAAAAAGCCUUAUCAAGAUUGGAAGUGCCAUUGGCAAACCAUUGGUGACUGAUGAAUGCACAGUGAACAAAUUGCGUGUUUCGUAUGCUAGAAUAUUGAUUGAAGUAGAUAUUACACAACCAUUGAUUGAUGAAAUCACCAUAAGGAAUGUUGCAGGAGAUAUCAUAAUGCAGCCAGUACAAUAUGAAUGGAGGCCCACCUUCUGUGAAACAUGUCAAAAACUGGGACAUAACUGUGAAGACAGAGGCAAGGUUAAAAAAUGGAUACCAAAACCCAUACAAAAGGAAAAACUCACAAUCAUAACACUGACACAACAACCAAUAUGGGAGAAACCAACGGAUGAAGAAGGAGUAUCUUGGACAAGGGUGAAGAAAUCUGUACGAGAUAAAGGAAAAAACAUAAUGUCUGAUACAGCUAGCAUCAUACACUGUGUUAAUGGUUUUGAAUCACUAGAGGUAUUGAAUGAUCACCAGGUGGUCACAAACCUUGAACCAUGUUAG